GUGGCAAACGCAUUUAAUACCAACAUGCUUUCUCAUUUAAACAAGAAUUUUGAAAUUAAUUUGAUGGGGUGUGCCGGGCCAAGGAAGUAGUGCAAGCCCAAGGCGACACGUGAAGGCCCAAGACAGCAAGCUGCCUUUGAUGGGCCUUCCCCCUUAAAACAUUGAGUUAAUAUCGUGUGAACCAAUGGCCCACAUAUCAGAUAUUAAACUGAUAAGAACAGAUACUACACUUGAUCUUAGCCAAAAGGCCGAGAAAGGGUUUAAGGAAAUCCGCACUGUACAACUUCGACCUUCUUCAAGAAGAUGUCUUUCUGGGGGAUCGAAGUAAGACCCGGAAAACCAGUUACUCAUCGAUUUGAUCGGACACGAGGAAGGCUUCGAAUUUCUCAAGCGACGUUGGGUAUCGGUAGUGCUAGAACAAAGAGCUUGGUUCAGUGUAAUGUGGGCAAUAAGACUCCACUCUUUCUGUGUGCAUUGUUGCCCGAGAAGACCGAGUCGUGCCAUUUGGAUUUGGAAUUUGAGGAAGACGGGGAGGUUGUCUUUUCUGUUCUUGGACCAAGAAGUGCCCACUUGACUGGUUACUAUGUGAGUAAGAGCUCACAUACACAUUUAGGGGGCAGUGACACCGAGUCAUUUGGGGAGGAUAUUGCCUUCUCAGACACAGAGGUGUCCAACCAGUGCAGCGAUGAAGAUGAAUAUGAGGAUAGCUUUAUAGAUGACGGAGAGCCGGAGGUUCUGCUGUCUACACCAGUUUCAAGUGAUGGAGAUGUACCCGGAAAAAAGAAAGGCAAACUCAAACGGCUUAGGAAGAAACACCAUGUAGUUGAGUCUGAAGAGGAAAACACUUCUGAAGAUGAAGUAACUGCAAAGAAAAUACCAUCACAAAGUGUGGAAAAGAGUGGGAAGGUGACACGGGCAGAAAAUGGCGGGAGGAGUAAGGAUGAUAAAGUGGAGAAUGUAGACAAUACUGAUGCUGAGCCAGCAAAGAAUGAAAAGCCUAGCAAGAAACGGAAAAAGAACACCGACGAUGCAAAAGAAUGUCUUGAAGUUCCUAAAGAAACUGAAUCCCUCGCUCAAGAGAGAUCCGAAGAUGGACCAAAAUUAAAGAAGAGGAAUAAAGGGAGCAAGGGAGAUAAACGGAAUGAAUUUAAAGACUCAAGUCCUGCUGAUGCUCACAAUAAGGCCAUACAACAUGUUGAGGGUUCUAAUACUGGCAAGAAUUUACCGGAAACAACCAAAGCAAAUACAUUGCAAACUAGUGCACAAAGUAUCGAUGCUGAUUGCGUCAUACUUGAUGGAGACCACUCUGCAAAGAAGCGGGAAAAAAAGAAGAAAAAGAAGAGCAAAAAUGUGGAUGAAGGAGCAAACAAAACGGAUUUGCCUGAUAAUGAAAUGGUUGUCAUAGAUCUGGACACGGGUACGAAGGUGGAGUCUGGUGGAAUGAGGACCUUGUCAAAUGGGUUGACUAUUGAAGACCUUGCAAUGGGUGAAGCAGAUGCGAAAGUUGCUACUCCAGGAAAAAAGGUCAAAGUUUACUACACUGGCACCCUAAAAGAGAACGGGCAGGUUAUUGACACCAAUGUUGGGGAUACCCCACGCAAAUUUCGUUUAGGUGACAAACACAUUUUAGAGGGGUGGAACAUAGGUCUUGAAGGUAUGCGGGUUGGUGGCAAAAGGAGACUUGUCAUCCCUCCAUCACUAGGCUAUGGGAGUCAGGAAGGUGGAGAGAACAUACCGCCAAACUCAUGGUUGAUUUAUGAGAUUGAAUUGGUCGGAGUCCGCAAAUGAUUUUUCUUUCUUCCCAUUUAUUUUCCCCGGGACACUUCUGAACUUUGAAACCCUUGCGAGAAAGUGUAUCCUCUCAGAGAGAUGUUAUAACUAUAACUAUAACUGAGUGACAUCUCUGGUUCAGAAAUUUUGUUUAAUGAUAUACCAUAUGGCGUAGGUAGAUGCAACUAAUAAUGUUCUCUCCUAUGG